CAUUUUUCGUGAAAGCAGGUGUCUCAUUUUGAUUUAUGAGUUUAUAUUGUGAUACAAUGAUUUACAAAAACUUAAUACCUAUAUACUUGAAAAAAGUAUUCGAUGAAAAACUUAUUUUAAUGAUUGCUGUAUUAUUUCGUUGGUUUGUCGGCUUGCAUGAUUAUUCUGGAAAAUCAAAAACUCCGAUGUAUGGUGAUUAUGAAGCCCAACGGCAUUGGAUGGAAGUUACAGUUUCUCUACCAACCACUCAAUGGUAUUUUAAUUCAUCUGACAAUGAUUUAUUGUAUUGGGGUCUUGACUAUCCACCUUUGACAGCUUACCAUAGUUAUUUAAAUGGCUUGGUAUUUAAAAAAAUUCUUCCAGAAUCUGUUCAGCUUAAUACAUCUAGAGGUUUUGAGUCAAAGUUCCAUAAGCUACUCAUGAGGUAUUCUGUGCUUAUAGUUGACUUAUUGAUAUUUAUACCAGCUGUUUGUUGGUUUUACAGGCAGUUUUUCAAGAUUAAAAAUAAUAACCAAUUAAGUCAAACAAUGAUCAUUGCGAUGAUGUUGUUGUAUCCCGGGUUAAUAUUAAUAGACCACGGACAUUUCCAGUAUAACUGUGUUUCUUUAGGUUUAUUCGUGGCAAGUGUUGCUAGUAUGUUUACCAACAAAACCAUCCUAACUUGCUUUUUGUUCAGUAUGGCUCUAAACUACAAGCAAAUGGAACUAUACCACGCUUUGCCGUUUUUCUUUUAUUAUAUUGGAUUUGUUUAUGAAAUGUAUAAGAAACAUUCAUUUAUUACAGCUUUAAAGACAUUAUCUAUUCUUGCAUUGAGUGUUACGAUGGCAUUUCUAUUGAUAUGGCUUCCUUUUAUUAGUGAUCCUAAACAAAUGUUUCAAAUCAUACAUAGAAUUUUCCCAUUAGAACGAGGUGUUUUUGAAGACAAAGUUUCCAAUGUAUGGUGUCUAAUUAAUGUUCUAUAUAAGUUGAGGGAUAUUAAUAAUCAAAUCAUGGCUACCAUAUGCCUAUUAACGACAUUAAUUUCAGUAUUGCCCACGUGCCUGGAUCUUAUAAAAUAUCCUUCUAAAAUAAAAUUUUUACUUUCGUUGAUUAAUUGUUCAUUGUCUUUUUUCUUAUUUUCUUUUCAAGUUCAUGAAAAAAGUAUACUUUUGGUUGCCAUACCAGUUUUAAUGUAUGCUCCUCAAAAUGCAUUUAUGUGUACUUGGUUUUUGUCAAUAACAACAUUUAGCAUGCUUCCUUUAUUGAUAAGGGACAAUUUAUUGAUCCCAUUCAUUUCUUUAUCAUUAAUAUAUUUUAUAAUUUACAAUAAUAUUGAACAAUUAAUUACACAUCAAAAAAAUAUAUCAAAAUUACAUUUAUUACGUAACUUUUCAUUAUUUGGUUGUGUCAUAUUAACUUUUUGUGCCAUAACAUUAAAACCGCCCCAGAAAUAUCCACAUUUAUGGCCACUGUUUAUAUCUGUUUAUAGUUGUAUGCAUUUUAUUUUGUUUUUAAUCUAUUUUAAUUUUAGUCAAUUAAUGUUACAUGUUCCAAAAAAAAAAUUAUAUUAGCUUAUUUAAAAUAGAUUUAUGUUUCAU